AGAUAAUCAGUUAUCUACUGGCUUAAGCCUUGGUGGCUUCUCUUAUCUGCAUUUCUGGUGUCCACCUGAGGAGUCUCCUUGGCCAAUCUUAACACCCUUGGAAAUUGAAGAAUCCACCACAUAUAUUCUUCUUGAUUGUCUCUAUCGUAUGUUCAAAACUUUCUGGAUGAGCACAAGGAUUUGAAGGUGCUAACAGACAGGGAGCAAACUGAAAAGACAGCCAGGAAGUGAGGAGAGGCCAUGGAAUGUCCACCAACCAGAUAAUCGCUGCUGGAAUAAUGAGAAGUGUCUGAAUGUAGGCUGCAGCAGUUCUGAAGGUUGAUGGAGGGCCAUGCUAUUCAAACAGCAGGCGUGGCUGAGACAGAAGCUCCUGGUGCUGGGAAGCCUUGCUGUUGGGAGUCUCUUGUAUCUAGUUGCCAGAGUUGGGAGCUUGGAUAGGCUACAACCUCUUUGCCCCGUUGAAGGCCGAUUUGGUGGAGCCCGCAGUCAGGUUGAACUGCCACUCCGCGCCCUACAGUUUAAGCGUGGCCUGCUCCAUGAGUUCCGGAAGGGCAACACUUCCAAGGAGCAGGUUCGCCUCCAUGACCUGGUCCAGCAGCUCCCGAAGGCCAUUAUCAUUGGGGUGAGGAAAGGGGGCACAAGGGCACUGCUAGAAAUGCUGAACCUCCAUCCAGCAGUGGUCAAAGCCUCUCAAGAAAUCCACUUUUUUGACAAUGAUGAGAACUAUGCCAAGGGCAUUGAGUGGUAUAGGAAAAAGAUGCCUUUUUCCUACCCUCAGCAGAUCACAAUUGAAAAAAGCCCAGCAUAUUUUAUCACGGAGGAGGUUCCAGAAAGGAUUUACAAAAUGAACUCAUCCAUCAAAUUGUUGAUCAUUGUCAGGGAGCCAACCACAAGAGCUAUUUCUGAUUACACUCAGGUGCUAGAAGGGAAGGAGAGGAAGAACAAAACCUAUUACAAGUUUGAGAAGCUGGCCAUAGACCCUAAUACCUGUGAAGUGAACACAAAAUAUAAGGCAGUAAGAACCAGCAUCUACACCAAACAUCUAGAAAGGUGGUUGAAAUAUUUUCCAAUUGAACAAUUUCACAUUGUGGAUGGAGACCGCCUCAUCACGGAACCUCUGCCAGAACUUCAGCUCGUGGAGAAGUUCCUAAAUCUUCCUCCAAGGAUAAGCCAAUACAACUUGUAUUUCAAUGCUACCAGAGGGUUUUACUGCUUACGAUUUAACAUUAUCUUUAAUAAGUGCCUGGCGGGCAGCAAGGGGCGCAUUCAUCCAGAGGUGGACCCCUCUGUCAUUACCAAAUUGCGCAAAUUCUUUCACCCUUUUAAUCAAAAAUUUUACCAGAUCACUGGGAGGACAUUGAACUGGCCCUAAAACAAUACCCUACAACACUAUGUGUUGUGCCUGGGGACACACAAUGUCUCCUCUAGAUUAAAAUAUGCACUUUUCUUAGACACAACUAUCCAAGUCAUUUUUCCAUGUAUACUUGUACAUAAUACAGUGUGUGACCAAAUAUGAUAUCAAUUUUUUCUACUGAAAAUUUACAAAGAUAAAUAAGUAAGUUGAUGUCUGCAAAGUUGCAUCUUUUAAGCUAUUUACAAAAAAAAAGAAGAAGAGGUGGUGGUAAAGGAAAAAGUGACUUCAGCUAUUCUCAAAGAGUUAGUCUUCCUUUGAUUCAGAAUUUGUCACCUGCCAUUUUCAUAGAUUAAGCCAAAAGAUGAAUGUGUGAAAAUGUACCAAUAGCUGUGAAGCUUCAGGAAGUAGAGGAUUCAGUUAUGCAUUCUUUUUCCUAAGGGAAAGCGGCUUUAUUCAGACACUGAAUUGGUGCCAUGAAAACAAAACAAAACAAAAAUGCUAUUUUCUUAUUAUUUAAAAAAAAAAGUCUUAUCUCAUAAAAUUGACAUUGUUCCAAAGUUCUUGUGGUGAUUUUGCACUAUUGUUUUCUUGUAUGGGCCAUGGUGUCACUUGUAGCAUGUCAAUCACACAUUGGAAACUCAAGUCCUUUACUUCCAUGUUGUAUGUCAAGAAAGAGAAAUGUCAUGUAUAUAGUGUAUAAUGCUGUAAAUACCGGUUUCACACUAAGUAAUUCUAUUUUGUAAACUGAAUAUGGCUAUUUAAUUUAUUGUGAAAAUUAAAUUUAUUGUGGUAUUUAAAAAUGGAAUGGAUUAAAAUUACUCUAUGUGCACAUUUUUUAAAACUCAUUUUGUCUUAUGUGCCCCCUGCUGGCUUCCAGAAUGGAAGCUAUUUAUGUGCAUCCAGGGCACUUGGAAAGGAUGCUUCUCUAUUGGAUUCCUAUACCCUUGUGAAAAGAUAUUACCAAGUGAGGCUGAGUAUAUAUUUUUAAAAAUCUCAACAGUCUGAAAAUCAAGUAAUAAUAGCCACCUCAAAGAACCCUAAUGCUGCUAUGCUACAACUUUGUAACAGUUAAUCUACUUGCAGUUACUGCCUUGCCAGAGUGAGAUGAGGAAUAUAUUAACAGAACUGAGGCACAGAAGAAUCACAAUUUUACCUGAGACUCAAAUCAGAAUCAAAAAGGUAGAGAAAUGAAAUAAAAUAAGAUUAGAAAACUUGUGUGGCCUCUAUACUGAAAAGCUGCUGGUGCUCCAAAAUGAAUAUGAGUUCUCAGAAUUCUCUUGGAGAUGAAAAUAUAUCAAUCUGCUCAGAAAUGAUCGAAUUGCCUAAUGUCGCUAUGACUAACAUAAACAUAUGGCUCCUAUUUCCACCCAGAGAAAUUAAUGCUAAAUUAGGUGUCUCCCUAAUAUCAGGUACACUAUUAUUAUGCUUAGAUGUAAUUCAGAGAAAUGUAGAAAGAAGUGUAACAGGCACAACAAAAUGAUUGGUUUUUCACCAUCGUAUUUGCUUAUCCAGUGGAAAACAUCUGGGAGGGCUUUGUUCAAAACCAUUUAGAGAGUGCUAGAGAAAUCAGCCAAUUAUAAUGGAUCCCCCUUUGUUGUAAGAAGUGUUGAUUUUCUCUAUGAGUUGUUUCUCUUGUCCAGUGAUUUGAAGGUGGACUUUUCUAAAUAAAUAGCCCUUUCCCCUCCAGUGUCGGU